AUGGUGGAAAGAGGUUUGCCGCUUGCCUCUGGGUUUGCCACCGCCCUCGACCCGAGCCUCAUGGGCCUCAACCUUCGGAAGGAGAAGCUCAGCCACUUCCGCUUCUACUGGCACGACGUCAUGAGUGGCCCCCACCCCAGCUCCAUCACCGUCGUGCCUCCGCCGUCCAAUGCCUCGGCCACCUUCUUCGGCCUCAUCAACAUGAUCGACAACCCCCUGACUGUCUGCCCCGACCCCGGGUCCGAGCUCGUCGGCCGCGCCCAGGGCCUGUACUCGUCGGCGUCGCAGGAGGAGGUGGGCCUGCUGAUGGUCAUGAACUUCGCCUUCGUGUCGGGGAAGUACAAUGGCAGCAGCAUCACCGUGCUGGGGCGGAACCCGGUGUUCCAGAAGGUGCGGGAGAUGCCGGUGAUCGGCGGCUGCGGGCUGCUCCGGUUCGCCCGCGGGUACGCCCAGGCGACCACCCACACGUUCGACCCGAAGACCGGCAACGCCAUCGUUGAAUUAUUAUCAUGCGAAUACGAGCUCAGAGUUUCUUUCUCAGUGGCCUGUACAGUUUAUCUUCCUAGAGAGAAACUAGAAGGAGAGGCAGAGGGAGCUGCUUUUGGUCUGGUGCUGGCGAGCUCCGCGGAGGAGGCCACGGCGGUGGUGGUGCGUCUCGUAACGGCCGUCGUGGUUGCCGAGAGGACGGUGCUGCUGGGGGUUUCUCUGGCGUUACGUUCUCCCGGCGAAGGAGGCGAAUCGCAUUUCCAGUUCGCGAGCAGUAAGCUCUGGGCGUCAGUAUUUUCGCAGCGAUUGUUGCGGUUACAGAAGGAGGAGGGUGGUCUCUCCGUACGGACGGAGCUAGCUUUUGGCCUUCCUUCUAUGAUUUCGCCGGCGGUGGAGAUACAGCUUCGGAGGGCUCAGAUGAUGCCGAGUCAAGCUGAAGGUUGUGGAGGCGGAGGUGGAUGACGAGAUGAGCUCUAUAACGAGCUGUGGAAGGCCGGCCUGCGCGGGCCCGCCGGUCGACGAUUGCCCCUUGUCGCGGAG